AUUCAAUCCGCCGGACAGGGGCACCAAGCUGGUUGAUGUCUCUCCUCUCACCCUGCAGUCCACAGGCAGUCGCCGCGCUUCAUACAGGCGCAUUCGUCCCACGUGAACAUACAUGAUACUUGCAACUAUUGCUCUCGCAUGGGUUGGAUAUCCUGUUGGGCUGGAGUAACAGAUGGCGAGCGGAUGACAUGCUUGCCUCCAUCCACCGAUGUGGCCUUGACGACUUUGACGACCAUUCACGAACCACUGGAAGACUCACGAAAACCCGACGCCCGUCGUAUACCUUGUGCCACCAUGGCGGACGUUCAGCCACCGCGACGCUUCAGCAUCGACGCCGUCAUUAAGCCGUUCAGGAGCAGGAAGGACAGCAAGGUCGCCUCGCUACCGUCUGCUCUUAAUAAGCCGACGGCGGUGCACGGGGGCGAAAAGAAGAGCUCAUUGACAGCAUCUGCAAUUGCUGGUGCUGGCGCCGCCGAAUCUUCAGAGACUAGCUCUACCCAUGACGCUGCUUCUGGCCUUGUCCUCGCCUCGGCAAAGACCGAAAGUGUACCACGGAGAGUCAGUUUCAGCCCCUCCGUCGAAGAGGCUGAGACAAUCAAGGAGCAGCUCGAGCAAGAAAGUGCUGCGCUCCGCACGCACACCUUACCGUCCAAGCAAAGAGCGCGAGUAGUUCAGUUUCAAUUGAGACGCUCCUCGAAGGAGCCCACAGCAAAGGCGGCCAAACAAGUCAAACAAGAGCAGAAGAUCCUUCGAGCUAGCAAACGUGACGACCACCAACACUUUGUCUGGAAAGAAGAUGGCAUUCACAAGGGUCAUCACUCCCCGAAUGCUCCGAAAGCAAAGGUCACUAACCAUCAAGCGGUCGCAAGCCGGCACGCUCGCCUGCUCGAGCAGCUGAUGAACGGCAACCCAGAUGCAGCGAAGGCUGCCGUUAAGAAUGCCAAGUCGGCUGCAAAGAAGGAAACUAUGACUUACGACAAAGCGCAAGCAGCGAAGGCAAAACAGCUCAAGAAGCUGAAAUCGGCGUUGCUAGACAUCGACCUAGCCAAUAGCAUCAUCGGCGAGCUGCGCGUCAUGCAAGUCGACCCUGCUGGAGCAGCAGUCAAGGAGCACGGAAUGGAGCGUGUCCUAUAUGCCGGCGCUGUUCCUGAGAGCAUCACAGAGCCUGAUGAAGACGCGUCCAAGCUCCGUACAGCAAAAGAGGCGCUGCACGAGGCUCGGGCAGCCUCCGUCCCGCCUACGUCCACAAGUCGCAUGGUCUGCCUUGACUGUGACGAGAGCACAGCAUCCAACAGGCACGCCGAUGCUCUUGCGCAGCAUGCUUCUACUGUAAGUACAGCUUCUGUUUCUUCAGCUCCGGUCAAGGCCGUAGGGAGGUUCAGCAUUGUAGCUGGAGCUGGCUAUGUUGCCAGCUGGCUCCCGUGGGCCGCCACCUCCCCUGCAAAAGGCUCCCAAACCACACACGCGACCAACGAGCUUGUUAAGGCCGCUUUGCCAUCUGGAAAAGACCAGAACGCCCUUUCGCUUGUCAACUUGCCGCAACUACCGGAGGUUCCAACGUUGAUGGGCGUCUCGCCUAUCUCCCUCAUAAUCUCUCCCAAGAGCACAAUCGUCACUGCAGGCGCAGACAAGCUUGGCGCAUUCAACGCCAUGGCGUCCAUCACAGGCGCAGUCAUCGAGGCAUCAGGCACCAAUGUCGGCCUCGCUGCACCAAUCGACCGCAUGUCUAUCUUUGUCCAUUGGUGGGGCUUCGAGGUCACUCUUCCGCCGUCAACGAUCUCGUACCUCGGCACAGCGCAAAGCGUCUCUGGCUCCUUUCUCGGCUUUUUGCAAACCAUGGCUGUCUCGGGAGGUAUUCCAGAAUUGGUUCCCUUCAUCCGCUACAUCUCCAUGUUUGUCGAUGUCGAGUUCAAGGCCAUCGCAGCGCAGAACAAAGGAAACGGAGUUGUCAUUGCUGCGGUCUGGGCUUUCCCCAUGGCCCUCGUCCCCAGACCAUGGGACUUCGCUCCUAUGCCACCUGCUUCGGCACCUGCCCCUGCGCCGGUUCCGACAUCAGCGCAAGCGUCAGGCUCUGGCCCUGCGCCUACGCCUACACCGGCACCCGUCGCAAUUCCUAUGUCUACGCCUACGCCGGCACCUGCGCCUGCACCCUCAUAACCGCCCGCAUACUACAUUCCACACAUCCCACAGCCAAGCCCAACGUCCAUGGUAUGCUAUCCAUUACGAUCAUACGACAAAAUGAACUGGUCUCCCCAUUGCUUUAGAAAGGUGCCAGAGCACUCAAUGACGUUACAUGCUCUUAAAGUUUCAUUCGCAUUUAUUUAUCUUACAAGUUCAGCUGAAUUUCCAGACCGUUUUGUCUUCCGACAGCAUCUUCUGCGCGUCCAAUCCAACAAUUCUCUGUAGCUUGAGCAGAUCGUAUCUUGAAACAAUGGCCUCCACCUUCACCUCGCUAGGUUCGAGCUCGUCUGCAUCGGCUGGCUCCCCAGCCGCAUGUACGAAGGGGAAUUCGAGGAUUUCCGCAAAAAAUGCUGCAUUCUCUGGGAGGCCGUAGAAAACAAUGGUUUGGCAGCC